AUGCUGCUCGCCAUGGGCCCCGUGCUUGGGAGGAUGGGCGCGUCGGUGCUGCUGCUGUUGUCCGGCGCAUCGCUGCUGUGCUGGACGCUCGUGCGGGUGGAGAGCGUGUCGACGAGUAUGCUCGCCUUCGUGCCGUCGAGUAUCCCAAAGGCGUUCUCGAUGGCGACGUACGGCGACUCGGACACGCCCUGGGGCGUGCAGAGCGUGCUGUCGGGGAAUGCGUCGUCGUUGUUGAGAGAUAAUCUGCGCCCGGACGAGCUGUACGUUACGCAGUGGGGGAUGGGCCUGGGUAUGACGAAUCAGUUCCUGGGCAUGCUCAAUCUCAUCUACAUCGGCCUUCUUACCACGCGAGUCCCGGUGGUGGCCCCGUUCCUCGCGAACAAACACAUCGCCGGAGACGAACUUCUACCAUUCCGCGAGGUCUUCGAUCUUACCCACCUGCGUGCUCAACUACGCGUGCCCGUCAUCGAAUGGCGCGACAUCAAGCCUUCCAACGACACACGCGAAGAGAUGCACUGCUGGGCGCUGCACAAUGCAAUGCCCGCCGCCGUUACCGCCAGCCUCGGUGUCAACGCCUCGUAUUCGGAAUUGCCGAAGUCGGCUAUGGGAAAGAGUCACCACCUGCUCGUCGGGCUCGCCGACGUGCUGUACCCGAGCCGCCUAGCCACCCAGCAGCGGCAAUCCAUGCCUGGUGCGUACGUAAAGAACCCACCGGACAAGCACAUCGCCUGCUUCGACUACCUGUACUUCGCGUCCUCCUCUGGAGAGCAUCUGGACUGGGACGAGGGCCUGUCCUGGCCAGCUUGGCGUAUGGUCGGGCAGUACCUGCGAUUUGCACCGAAGGUGGUGGACAUGGCGCAAGAGCACCUUCGGGUGGCCAUGGGAUUGCCUGCGUUCGCUGAGAUACCUCCGUUCAUCUCUGUCCAUAUGCGACGGGGCGACUUUGGGCAAUGGUGCCACGGCGUUCCCGAGAACGAAUGCUUCCCUGCGAUGCCCGCGUACGUUCGACGCGUGCAAGAGGUGAAGGAUGAGCUGGCGAAUCGCGGAGUGCAUGUAGAGCACGUCGUGGUCCAGUCCAACGAACGGGAACCCGAAUUUUGGCAAGACCUGAAAGCGCUCGGCUACUCUUUCGCCGAAUAUACUACCGAGGAACAGGAAGGCUGGUGGGCGAUCGUCCUCGACGCCUGCAUUCAGUCCAUGGCGUCAGCGUUCGUCGGAACCGCGCAUUCCACAGUCAGCUUGAUCAGCGAAAGGAGGGUCCAGGAGUGGAGCGGGGGUCCAACGCGGAUGGUGAGGUGGGGCAAGAUUGGGGCGGACGAUCACUAG